AUGGUUGAGAAGAAGCUGCACCGCCGAGAGAGGGAGAGGUUCCGCGAGGAAGCAGAGAUGUUGAAGAACCUCCAGCAUCCCAACAUUGUCCGCUUCUUCGACUACUGGGAAGUCAGCACUCCAAAGAAGUACUUUGUCCUCGUCACCGAGCUCAUGACUUCCGGCACCUUGAAGACCCCCAAAUCAUCCCAUCUCAUCUUUACCGACCACAGGUAUCUGCGUCGUUUCAAGAAGGUGAACAUCAAGGUGUUGAAGUCGUGGUGUCGACAGAUCCUCAAGGGACUCUACUUCCUCCAUUCCCGUUCCCCUCCCAUCAUCCAUCGCGACCUCAAGUGCGACAACGUCUUCAUCACCGGCACGACAGGAAGCGUGAAGAUCGGAGACCUGGGGCUCGCCACCCUGAAGAAUCGCUCAUUUGCUUGUUCUGUGAUUGGCACUCCGGAGUUUAUGGCCCCAGAGGUGUAUGAUGAGCACUACGAUGAGAGUGUGGAUGUGUAUGCAUUUGGCAUGUGCAUGCUAGAAAUGGCCACAUCUGAGUACCCAUAUUCUGAAUGCAGUGGUCCUGCACAGAUCUACAAGAAGGUCACUAGUGGUGUGAGGCCACAGAGCUUUGAGAAGAUUGAGAGCCCAGAAAUCAAGUGCAUCGUAGAUCGGUGCACUCGGCUACGAAUAGACGAACGGCCAACUGUCAAGGAUCUGCUGAAUGAAGAGUUUUUCCUGGAGGAUGUGGGCCUGAAAGUGGAGCUCGUGUCUCGAGAAGAAGCCGUGGUCUCAGAUGGCUCCAAGGUCGAACUCAGGCUGCGUGUGCUGGACCCCAAGAAGCGCAAAGAUAAGCACAAGGAGAAUGAAGCCAUUCAGUUCGAGUUUGACAUCCAGAUGGACAACAUUGAUGAAAUGGCUGCUGGCAUGGCUGCAACGGGCAUCAUCCCUCAAGACGACGUGGUGGUGGUUGCACGUCUCCUCCAGAUCCAGAUUGCAACUGUGAUAAGAGAGAGAGAGGAGCGGAAGAAGCAGCAAGAGACGGCUGCUGCUGCUGCUGCCGCAGGCCUAGCCCAAGCACAAGUGGAGGCUGCAGGGGAAUCCUGUCUCCCUGUUCCUGGCCCACCUCCUGUUGAACAACAGCAACAGCAGUCUGAUGGAGAAUCUGGCUAUGCAUCAGUGACUCAAGUAGAUGCAAUUGCUCUCCAGAGUCACCCUUCCCAAGUUCUGCAGAUGCCACAAUCCCAACCACAGAUGCCACAGCCCCAACCACAGAUGCCACAGCCCCAACCACAGAUGCCACAGCCCCAACUGCAGCAACCUCAACAACAGAUGCCCUUAGUGUCAACGCAGCCAGGACAAGGACAAAUUGUCACGGGAGGUGCCUUACAUCCAGCCGCUCAAGUGGCGACAUAUUCGCAAGGAUUUGGCCAGGUAGGGAUCCUGCCUCCCGACCUUCCUCACACCCCCUCUCAGCAGCAACAACACCCGAUGUCGCAACUCCGAUAUGUGGAACCCGAACUCCAGGCGACUGGCUAUCUGCCUGAAGUGGGACCUGUCUAUGUUAUUCCUGCACCUGCCCCAACCUCAGCUCCACUCAUGUCCCAGGCUACCAUCCCAAAAACCCCCAUCCCAACCCUGGCACCUGGUUCUCAGACCUUGUAUAAUGUUUCUUAUGACGCCGAUGGACAGCCCAUCUACAUCCCCGGAUCGAUGCCGAUCCCGAUUCCACACCCCAUCAUUGAGAAUCCUGUUGUAGACCUCAACCUGCUGCAAUUCCAACAACCUCCACCUGUUGUGGUUCAACCAGAAUUAAUUCCCCAGUUAUCCCAGGCCUUUGUAAUAUCUCAUCAGCUGCAACCCCCACCUUCCCUUAACAUAGGGAUGGUCCCUGAACUUCACCCGAUUCCUGUUCCCAUGAUCCAAGAACCCUUGACCCAUGACCCAUCCAUGGAUCUGCUGAGUGAUGCAAAAUCGCUACACCCCACUAACAUCCAGCCAUUUGUUGCGGUUCCUAAUGCUGUGGGAGUGCCAGCACCUCCUCAUUCGUCUGCACCAGACGUGAAUGUAAGUUUGCAUGGUGGGACUGGACUGUCGCAUGGCCUUCAGGCACAGGCACAAGUGGGGAUGUUGUCAGUGGACCCAGCUCGCACGACUAAUGUCAAUCCUUGUUUGGUUCCGUUGAGUUCUUCCCGCUCGACUGUCGCAUCAAAUCUCCUGUGCCGUCCCUCACAGGUUGGUGUGAGUGCCAGAACUGCCCUUUUCCCAAUGGUGACAAAUACUGCUGUACCCCUCCCUCACUUGCAACUGGAUUAUGCUCGCCUGAUGUCCCUUCCCUCACAAUCCCUGCUCACUCCACUCCUGCUCUCUCUGCCAGCUGACAAUGGGCAAUCAUUGAGACCUUGUGGGAGUCCUAAGUUUCCUCAACAGAUGCCCAUUCCCAUAUCACCCAAACAAUCAAAUCACCGAGUCCCAACAGUGGAAAUUACAGAAUCAGAUGAAAAACCACUGUUCAUUCCAAUCAUGGCUAAGUGUCAUUCUCAACCUGCCUCUCGUGCUGUCAGCCCUACGCCAGGAUGCAUCCAGUACCAUAGAAGUCUGUCUCAGACAUUUCACUCUGUUCAGAAUUCCCCAACAUCAUCCCUGACCCUGACUGUCUCCCCUGGCCCAUAUCUCUUUGAACCAAUCUGCAUGGAUCAGUCCAGUCAGACGUCUCCACUCCCAAGUGGUUCGAGUCGGGCAAUCAUCCAUCCACGACCCGUCCGAAUCCACAGGGACUCGGAUUCUCAGACCGACUACAGGGAUGAUGCAUUCCAGGCCAUGCCACUGAAUCAGUCUUUUUCCUACCCUGCCCUGUCAUCCUUGGAUGCAUCCCUUCAAAAGAUACAUGGCCAUGGCAUGAAGCGGGAGCCACCCCCUUCUGUCCAUUCAGGAAUGCAGACUGCUGACACGGAUGUGAUGCCUCAGGUCUGUCACUCCCAUCAGAGGAGUGCUCCUUGUAAUCUCACUUAUGCUCCUGCUUCUCCUGCUCCAACAUCAUACAAUCAUGCUGGAACGAUAUCGGCAACUCAGAUGGUGCAUGCGAGCAUGGCUCAGCCUAUCCAUACUGCUGUGGCAAGUACUGCUUCUCAAUAUGUCCAGUAUGCAAGACAGGACCGACAAAAUCUUGCAUUACAGAUGACAGCCUCUGGGGACCCUAAUCAAGGGACAUUGAUAUCCCCAACAGCAAAUGCAGCCAUGACUCUCCUGCCACAUUGUUCAACAGUACCUGCCAUGUCACUGCAUUCAGAUCAACCCCAACAUCCACCUUCAGCUGUGGCUGGAGGUGGACCCCAGUAUGCAAUGACCUAUAGCGGAACCCCAUCUCCAGGUUUCUCUUCGACAACUAUGGUGGCCUCUCAUGGUCCCUCGCAAAAUUUGUAUGUCCCUGUCUCAACCCCUGUAGAACCAGAGAAUGUGUUUAUUCCUGUGAGCACCCAAGGACAGACAGUUUUGGUGCCAGUGAGCAAGGAUACAUUUCAUGCUAUCAUGAGCACAGCAAAGCCAACAUAUGCUCACUCCCAGAUUGUGCCUGAAGUUCAGGCAACAAGCCUAGUUAUGUCUAUGCCUCCUAUACAUCAGGCAAAGGUUUCAAUCGCACAAGGAGGCAUUUUGAUGCAUUCUGCCAUAUCAAUGCACCAGGUACAGGAGGCACCCACCCCAAAAUUGAUGUCACGCGCUUCAACUGGAGUUCCUCAGCAGCCAAUUUAUACAGUUGCAAGCACAACAGCAGCCACCCACCUCUCCCAUGCUGUAGUGACCUCACCUACUCUCAGCAUGCCCACAAAAGGGGCAAGAUUUUUUGUCGGAACACCACCAGGGACCCCAGAUGCAAUGGACAGGAUUCGCUAUCAGACUUAUGCAUAUAAUGCAAGAGAGAGCAAGGCCCAUAGUGAAAGAAAACGCUUCACACUCGUGGUUGGUGAAGGACGCAGCAGUUUGCACUCGCACUACAUACUACAAACUCUUAAGACCAUAUUGCUUACUGUGGGAGACAUUCAAGCCAUUGCCUUUCAUGUGACAAAACAGCAGCAGCAGGAUGCAGGAGUGAAGGCUGCACCAUCAGAGGGCAUGGGUGUCCCAGUGAAGCCAAAUGUAGCAACUCAACUAGACCCUGUCAAGGGCUUCCAGUUCCCUUCAGCAUAUGAUUGGCAGGGAGCCGGGACAGAUUCGGCGAGUGAGCUCAGUGAGUCCACCUCAGAUCGGAAGCCAGAGAGGAAGAAGCGACGAAAGAAGACCGUGGAGAGGGGUCCAAGGCUCACUGUGUUGGAGGUGAAUGGGAACAUUGUAGAAUGCCAGUUGGAGACAGCCAAGCAGAAAACUGUGACCUUCAAAUUUGACUUGAGCGAAUCUGAAUUGGCCGAGGUCACAUCCGAUGUUGCCAACAAUCUAGUUGCCACUAAUCUGCUUCCAAGCCAACAUGCAGAGAUAGUGAUAGAUCAGCUGAAUGAGAUCAUCUUUCAGCUGAGGAAUAAUCCAGGGCAAGUGCCUGUUCUGGAAAGGACCGCGAGCCCUGCUUUGCGCUUAUCCCGAGCCGAUGAGGAGACAGACUCCAAGGCUGAGGAGGAUAGGAAGCUGGAUGAGGAUGAUAGAUCUGAGGGAGAGAGAUUGCCCUCUGAACAGAGCAGUCCAGUUCGGAGACCACCUUCAAAUCCAAGCACUAUCUCAAACCCACCUAGUGUUCCAGAAUUUCUCCCAGAAUCAUCUGUCAGGGGUCGCUUCAUCGUCAGUCGAGUAGUGGAGUCAUCUCUUCCUCCACCAGAGCCUUCUCUAGUUUCACUUCCACAGAAUCAGCUCCUGUGCUCUGACGGGAAACUCCCAGUACCUGCUGACGAAAAUAAUUUAUCUCAGGCAACAGUCAAUUCAUCGGUGGCAGGCGAUCUGUCAAGCUCAGGUGGCCCUACAUCCCCCUUCAACCUCACACCCGAAUCCACCUUCUCGGAGAACCUUCCUGAGCCUUUGGACCGACUCCCAGCUCAAGAUAGUGCCCCAACCCAAAGUUCCAAUGCUCAGGGUCUGAAGAGCUUGGCAGAUCUGCAGCAGCAGUUGAACCUGUUAACCUCACAGGCUGAGGGAGUCAAUCAAACCUAUGGACCCUCCAUUUCUGGUGCAUCGUCACCGCACCUCAUCGAUCUGCAACAAAAGCUUGUAAAUCUUCAGAUGAGCCAGGGCGGGAUGGGUCGAGUGCGACGUCCCAACACAUGGUCCGUGCCCCCUCGCAGGCACAAUUACACCAACCUGGCUCAGAUAUUCAGUGCAACCCAGCCCUCCACAACUGCUCCGUCAUCUACAUCCUUCUCUGGCCAUUCCUCCAUCAUGACUCAGGUGGGCACAUCCUCACCCCAGCAGACGCUCUCCAUGACACAGCCGAUCAUGAGUGUCCCAAGUGGACUCCUUGAGGGUGGGAUGUGGCCAACGCCUGGCAUGGCACAAAUGGCACAUAUCCAUGCUCCCCAUGCACAUGAUGAUCCUUCAAGAGCUUCUCACCCCAUCACAAAUCUGCAGGAUCUCCAACAGUCUCCAUUGUAUUACUAUGGUCCGGAUGGACAGAUAAGAGAAUUGGACCACGAAGGAGUGCCUGUUUCAGUCCCUUCUCAGCUGGGGAGUGAUGGAAUGUCCAUAUCAUCUUCUCAUCCACCCACAAGUGAUGAAGAGUGUCCAACUGGGAUGGGUCAGCCUGCUGCUCCUCCACAAGCCUCUCAUAGACAAGUCUCUCGGUUCCGCGUCUCCAUCGUCAAGGACGAUCCACUUCAUGCCACUGGGAGCUCUUCUCGGAAGUCUUCACCAGACCUCAGGAGAGAGGGAGGUGUGAAUGCAGCCAGCCCUCAACCCAUUCGCACUGGGCGCUUCAAUGUCGUGACCUUCAAGGAUGAACUUGCCAACCAGACUCCAUUAAGUGGGAGUGGGAGGAAUGGACAGGCGAAUGGACCUCCGUCGUCGUCUUCCGCUGCCACUGUCCCUAUGGACAAGCCCCCAGAGGAGGUGAAGGGGAUGAGGCCGAACAUUCGACCUGACAUCCCAUAUCAAUUUACCCCAUCGCUGUAUGGACACAGUUAUCAUCCUGUCACUGUUGCUGGAUCCAACCCAAGCAGCCCCUAUGGGAUGUGGGCAUGGCCCACCCCACCUCCCGUCGGACAUCCUGCUCAAUUUCCAAGUGCAGAGAGGCCACGGGAUAAAACUCAGGCAAUGACUACUUCCUCGAUCCCUGUGUCUGUUGCUGAUCAGAAUGCCACCACAGCAAAGUCCAAGAAAAAUCUUGCAAGUUACCCAUCCAGCCCUGACUUCUUUAAUGGUUUUCCUCGAGCAAAGGGACUACACACCAAGGUUGUGCAGUCAAAUCACUUGAAGGGUUCAGGCCUUUACCGUUCAGGGAGCUUGGGGCACCUGGAAGAAAGUGGGAAACCCUUGCUGAGUCACUUUAGUGAAUAUGAUGGGGAAGGAGCACGCCUCACAUCACCAAUAUCCAUUCCCAGAAAGCAUGCCACCAGACUGCACCAUCCUACAAUUGCUGUUACCACAGCCCCAAAGAAUAUAGAAGCUUCAACGAAUCGAAAGUCAGCAUCUCGAGUAUGGCAGAGCCUGACAGACAUUUCUUCAUAUGUGGACUCCAUGCUAAGGUUCUCAGAAAGCAGUGACACAUCUGAGGAAGACUUUGAACUCAGUGCGGUGAUGCAGGAAGGAGAGAGAACGAAGAAACGUCUCCCUUACUACGGGGCCCCUGCAUCAAGACGAAUGUGCAGUGAUUUGAAUACCAUUCAAGAAAUGUUUGACAGCCUUGAUGAUAGAGUCAGGAUCGAGACCAAUUACACGGAUUCCCAGACGAGAGAGUGGGAUCGUCGAGGACAGAAUGACCUCAAUGAAGAAUUUGUUCUUGUUCCAAUUCGCAAAAAGAGCCUGAAGCGAGUGGAGAGGACGGUUCAAAGGGAGGCCAACAAGAGGCGAAGGCUGCGACCUGCAUUCAGCUGCUCGGACUUGUCCUCCAAUCCCAAGAUGAGGUCCCACAAGACCAGUCUCAACUGGACAUUGGGAGAUCAAGAUGUUAUCGAGGGGGAUGAAGACUUGGACCAGAGUGAUGAUGAGGAAAUGCGCUGCAUUCUGAUUGGUCACCAAGCAGAACUGAUGGAUCUUCAGCAACGUUUCCAACAAGAGUUGAACGAGUUGAGAAAUCGGCAUAGGAGGGAGCUGUUGGAGAUCCAACUGAACCGUCUGCGCAGAGGAAGGAGUGCAGGUUAUGUGGAGCGUCGAACCCCGUCGCCUGGGCCACCCACCCCGGCACGGAGUCCCGUGGAGGACACUUACUACUACUCGGUGCCUUCCGCGAGCGGCAGCACGGCUUUGGGUUCCUCGAGUCACCGCUGCCUCACUCCGACAUCGAUGGGCGGCAUCGGAGGGACGUAUCCUCAGUACUACCAGCGCCUCUCACCCUACAUGGUCCCAACGUCUUUGCCUUCUGCAUACAUGCCCUUGGGAUUUGAAGGACUCGUGGACCAUCCCGAUCCCCCGUAUCCCAUGAUGGGUCAUCCACCCCCCCCGUACAUGUACCCCAUCCCGCCGUAUCCGUACAUGUACGGGGCAAUCCCCACGAACAACCCUUACGUCGUCCAGCCUCAGCCGCACGUCGGCCAGCAUCAUCACCACCCGAGUUAGCAAGACCCUCUGGGACUUCGUUUUCAAUCCUGUGUGAUAUUUUGCAGAGAAUGAUGUAUUGUAUGUGGGCACUUUCUGUUUUAUUUGCAUUUCUUUUUCCUCAUUUUACUGUGACAGGGUAUAAAUGCCGAUAUCAUGUUUUUGGGGGUCUUUGGAACCCAAGAGAGAAGUUUCAACUGCCUUUAGCAGCGUACAAGCGAGCGUGACUUAUUGUCGAUGGCUCGGCGUCGUGAGACACGAGCCGUACUUCUUAUUGCUGUGUUACAUACUUGAUGCAGUGCAUUAUUUUCUCUAAAGGGGGAGUAGAUCGUUUUUCUCUUCUUACCUGAGCCUGAUCAGUGAAACAAUUCUCUUUGCCACUUUUUUCCUGUCAGGCAAUUUUCAUUUCUUUGGCCCUACAAGCUGAUGCUUUGUGCUUAUUACUGCUGAGUCAGAGAAUUGUCAGAUAACUUGAGUCUCAUUUGCAAUCCUGUCAACCCAAGAGUGGCAAGCAAAGAUUUGGAGAAUUUCUGAUGAAAUGGAUCCCAACGGAAGAGGCACGCCCCGAAUCCGUUUUGCAUCUGCGAUAAAGACUUGUCGAUACGCAUCUCAUCCAGUUCCCAUUUGGAGUGCCUGUGCUCGCUUGGCUUUCUCUGCUCUUUUCCCUGCCCACAUUUUUUGCCUAUAUGAUGCUGUGAUGUAGGGUUAGAAAUGAGCGAGAGGGUACCACGGUGGGUGGUGCAGGCGGUCGGGAGAGGAAAUUAAAAAAAAUUUGGAGGAAACUAUCCCCGAUUGAUGUCUCAUGUAUUGCUCAAGGAUGAAGAAAUGAGGAUGCUUUUACUCGGAUAUCUUGCGAGCGGUCCCUCGUUUUGUCCUCUGUGAUGUGCGAUGAUAUGCGUCUGUUUUUCUCCUUUCUCCGUUCCGUUCUUUCCGUUCCUCGCGGAUCCACCGGAACGUUCCGGUGGGACCGUUCCGUCUGGCUUUUCCCGAGGCUGGUCCGAAUGCGAGGGAAAUUCCAGGAAAUCCCCGACGGAUUGUGAAAUUUUCCUGCCGAGAAAAGAAAUAUCCAGAAAUGGGGAAAGUGAAGUUUUGUUUUCAUCCACUCGA